CGAGAGGCGUGCGGCCGCGAGAGAGCGGCGCCGCCUGGCCCGCAGUUCUACUGACUCUCUGCCCUGGGUCCCGCCGCGGCGGCGUCCCCAAAGCGCCUCAGUCGUCUUACGCUGGGGUUCUGAGUUCAGGGGGCCGAAAAAUGACCCGGAAAGUUAGAGCAGCAGCGCCGGGUGCCGCCGCAGUCAUUCCGUGCAGUGGUCGGGAGCGGACCCAGAAGCCGCAUUGUAGCAAGCCUCCCUGGAUCACACUUUGAGAAGCACCAUCCAGCUUCACUUUCCUUGCGGGUAUGGCUUUUGGUGGAGAUAAGUUAGCGAUCUGGAGGUUUGUUGGUCUUUGGGGAAACCAUCAACUAAACCGUUUCAAGGUACCAAAACAAAGGAGGGUGUCUGAACAGAGAGCAAGACUGGAGUGGGAAAUGAGAGGCUUUUAAACGUGGAAACUCUUUGUUAGCCAAUUUACGAGAAAUUGGACAAUGGAUUGUUCCAAGAAGAUGGAGGUCAUCAAUGUCAUCGCCUUACCAAUGAAACCAAUGAACGAGAAGCUGAUGGUUUCGCUCAGUGCACGGAAGGCAAUGGAGAGGGCUAUGAGGAAGGAUUUUCAGGAGCAUCCCCCCUCCUGCCUAAUUGGCUCCAUGCUCCAGGUGCAUCAGAAGAUUGGGGAUAUAGUCCUGGAGCACGGCCCGUGGACAGAAAGCCUGGCAAUUGAAAAAUUUGAAUUGGAGAAGAAGGCUUUAAGAGAGAAAAGUCACAGUCACGUCAGCGCAGGAGACAGAGUCAAGAAACAGAGAAGAGCACAUUAUAUCUGCCAAGGCUCAGAAUUCAAGAAUGUCAAGUCUUCCUUUGUAAAAAAGAAAACAGCAGAUAAGAAUCUUCUGGCUGAGUUGUAUCAGCCUCCCACAUUUAAUGACUACAGGCCCAACGAGCUUCCUAAUGGUGUGGACUUCUGUGACAUGGUGGGCAACGUGAUUCGGGCAGAGAAAAACCCCUUCAGUGGCAAGUCUUUCUGUUCAGAGAGCGAAUUAGAGAAGUUUCUCUCUUCUCCUUCUCCCAGAGCCAUGUGGCUGGAUAGCUUUUGGUGGAUAUUUCACGAAAGGUACCAGCCAAACAAGGAGGUCCAGAACAAGCUUCUCAACAGGAUAUCCCGGCACUACGCCCUCCUUCUGUUUCGCCAGUCCAGAUCCCAUUUUGAAGAGGCACUCUUGAAAAGAUUGCCGUCACUUUUGAGCAAAGCUCUGUACACCAGCUUCUGCUGCUGCUUCCCACAGUCCUGGUUCAACACCCACGAGUUCAAGUCGGACAUCUGUGACACCAUGUACCUGUGGAUUGCAGGGACAUAUCCUCGCCCCCAUGGCUAUAAUAGUUGGGACUACUCAGAAUUGGAUCCAGAGAGAUUCCGGAGAGAAGAAUUAAUUUCACAGAGAAAACGACUGACAAAGGGAAGAAAUUUCUCUUUCUUCACUUCUAAGAAAACUUCCCAGAAGUCAUUCUGGAGCAGGAGAUCCCACCAUAUUCAGUCUUCUAGUCUACCUUCAACCAGUGAGAGAGUCUCUGCAGCCAAGGCGAAUUUAGAAGAAAACUUGCAAACCCAGAAUGCUAUGAAAGAACAUCAUCGUCCGACCCUGGUCUUGAGGAAAGCCACCCCACUCGUCAAGAGGAUAUCAGAAGCAAGACAAAAUGCAAGUCUGCUUUCUAAAGAGUCUCACCCUGCCUGCAGAAACCCUGAGCUGGUUCCAAACCUCUUCAACGUCUACGGGAAGAGCCCCCUGAUCGUCCACUUCCUCCACCACUACCUCACCCUGCGGCAGUGCGGCCAGGACGUGUUGAUAGUGAGGAGGGAAAAUACCACGGCCAUUCCUGAGUCCACCCCGACGUAUGCCGAGGUCACCAGCCUGACCCUGAGAAACAUGAAGAUACGGAAGGAAAAGCUCAGCCAGCUGAUCGAGCUUCACGUGAAGGAAUGGGAUUAUUUUGAUAGCUACCUAAAUGAACUGCAGGACAACUUCCUGAGGGAGGUGAACAACAUCGAUAAAAAAGAAGCAGAGAAGAAAAAGGCCAACUCUGUCUUCCUCCCGCCCCCACCCAACUACUUCACUGAAGAAUUGCCCCGAAGGAAAUUCAGUGAGAGCAUUGUCCAAGAAGACGCAUUUCUCUUAAGGAGGGAAAAUGAGGAGAGGGAAAGAGAAGAGAAGCUGAAGGUUAACAGCUCUCCUCUCCUAUUUUCAAUCGCUGAGGACCUGUAUCCCGCAGAAGCAGGAAUUCCCUACAAUGUCCGUGGCGUUUCUGCUUACAGAGAGGCAGAAGUCUUCAAGAAGUCAAAAGUGGUGCAGAAAAAUGAGCUCUCGUUCCUCAGCCUCUCCCCUUAUAGCUCAGGGGACUCGAGCCUGACAACGGAGCGAACCAUUUCCAGUGAAGGCCGCUAGAUUCCAUCUAUACAGGAGUGAAACGGAGAAAAAGUACUGCGACUUGGGACACGUCAGUCAUUCCCAGUCCACUUGGACAAAGAAUAUUAUUAAAGUUCACUCCUGCUGUGGGCCAGUCAGAUUUAAAUGGCAGUUAGUCCACUCCUUCCUUUAGGCAUAUAUUUACUAAAGCUUUCAUUCACAUAUGUAUUAAUAAUAGUGUGAUACAAUGGGUACUCAUGUGUGUUAAUCAGAGUAACCUGGGGAGACAACUCCCACUGCUGAGUGCUCCCGAGCCCUUCGCAGACACUCCAUCUACCCUCCUGGAGCAGUCUGAGGUAGGUGCUGUCGCCCCUCCCCACUCCCAGGAGGAACCGGGGCUUGCAGGGGUUGCGGCCGGCCUUCGCUAGGUGCUGUCCUGUGCCCUCCGCACACUAGGCCUUGCAAAUAAGGCCGAGGAAGAGAAGCACAGUCUCUGACCACAGGGUGCUGUUGAUCCCGAGGAGGGCGAGGGAUGUGAACAUCAAUAACUACAUUAAUGCUUUCAGAGACAAAAAUAAAAAUGAAAUAGGGUGGGAGGCCAGAAAAUAGUGGAGAAGUGCUGGGCAGAGAUGGUGACCAAAUUCUAUUGUUAUACUGUGUGCACAUUCAAAUAUGGAACAAUAAAUCCCAUCACCAUGUACAACUACAAUGCACCCAUAAAAAUGUGUGGGAAAAAACAAAAACUCCUGUCUAAGAAAUGGGAUUCCA